CCCACAUAAGUGCCCUCGGCUCACUGCAAGCGGACGAGUCGCUUUCACCCACCCGCACGUGUAAGGCCGAAAUGCGUUUAUAUACAAAAAUGACAUUGCACCUGACGCGACGCCAUCUGCAGCAUGCCCUUGUUCUCUUUGUUUCUUUUUUUCGUUUUGCACCUUGAUUUACUGAAAGAACUGUGUCACAUUGCACGAAAUACAGCUCGACAAAAUGCAAUCGAAACCGAGACUUACCUGGCGCGAGACUCUUCUUUUAGUCCCCAAGUUGUUGGUGGCAUGUACGUAUAUCCACGAUGACCAACACCCCGAAUACGCGAACUAACAAAGGUUGUGCUAGUCCCUGCGGUGUUUACAGCAAAUAACUUGCGUGUGAUUGCUAUUGCCAUCAUUUGGAGGCUAGACAUUCGGGUUGCGAUCCGAUGUAUGCUGAUUCGCACUGCGUUUAAAGUGUUGACCCCCCGCGAUCUGCAGUUCAUUCUGCCGACUACAAGGCAACGCUAUGACAGCUUUAUCAAGAAGCAACAGCGACAGCUCCGCAACACAAAGUACGAGCAGCUCGCCAUCCACGAUGUGGAGGUGCUUCCCACAGAAAAGCCAAGCUCCCUCUUGUGGCUCGGCAACAGAAAGACGGCGGACAAGGUUGUCUUGUUCUUACAUGGCGGCGGCUUCAUCAUUCCCACCUCCAGCCAUCACAUUCCCUGGGCCUGGGACUGCUAUGUCAAGGCGCCGUUUGAGGCUGGCUACAAUGUCGCCUGUGCUGCCUUCCAGUAUACUCUCUCUCCCGAGGCAAAGUACCCCGGACAACUUGAGCAGACCGUUGUCGCGCUCAAGCACAUCUUCAGCCAGGGGUUCAAACCGUCCGAUGUCAUCAUUGGCGGCGAUUCAGCGGGAGCCAACCUCAGUAUACAACUGAUGCUGCUUCUAUAUCGAGGAAACGAGUUCUUACCUGACUGGAAGCUCGAUGAGCCGCUGCUUGGUAUCUUCCAAGUGUCCACAGUCCUUUCUAUGAUCGAAGACAACUUCCCUUCAUGCCGCACCAAUACGGCUAGCGAUAUGAUUGCACCAAAUCUAGUGCAUACCUUUAUGCUGGACUUGCUCACCCCAGAGCACUACAUUGAAUACAAGGAUGGUCGCACAACCGAUGGGCUGCCGCUCGACGCCGGAUUCGAAGACUGUCGCGAUCUCGACAGUGUUGUAUCCAAUAUGUACAUUAAUUACGGCGAGUAUGAGUACGCUGCGAGCCACAGUGUUGAACUUGCUCGACUCCUCGCGAUCAACUCACCCAGAAUGAACGUGACGGUCAGAGAAGAUCCCAAGGGGCCACAUGAUGCCAUUCUUCUGGAAUAUAUGGUGCAUGGAAAGCCUGGCCCAUCGGCAAAGGCCAUGAAGGAGUGGACGCAGUCCCUUUGGAAAGCCUCAUAAGGCGAAGGCAAGCUGGAGAAGCUUUUAGCUGGCGUAUGUAUUUAGUCUGCAUUACCUUGGUAUAUAAUCAUGACAUAGCACUUUGCAUUUUCACGGAAUCACUAUCUUCUUUCUGUCAUGUAUAGUCGCAAUUGGCACUUUUAGUUGGCUAGAUGCCUGCCUGAGGUGUUUGCUUCAAUAAAGACACCCGUGUUGAAGUGCCG